UUGGCCAAAGCCUAAAAAAUUGGUUUUCGGCCACCAUAAAAUCUUCUCAUAGGAGAGAAACAAAAAACCCAAUAUAUUGGAGAAGAAGGAAGCUACCACUCAUUUUUGUUCUUCAAAAUAACUAGGGUCGUUGGAGAAGGUGAAAUAAGCAUCAAUUGAAGAAACCCUAAUUUGAAGAAGAUAUGGGUAGAGGGAAGAUUGUGAUAAGAAGGAUCGAUAAUUCAGCAAGUAGACAAGUAACUUUUUCAAAGAGAAGAAAGGGACUUAUUAAAAAGGCCAAAGAACUCUCUAUUCUCUGUGAUGCUGAAGUUGGUCUCAUUAUUUUUUCUAGUUCUGGCAAACACUACGAAUUUGCAAGCUCCAGCAUGCAUUCAAUAAUUGAGAAAUAUAACAGAAGGAAGGAGGAAGAUGAAUUACUGUUGAAUCCAAUUUCAGAUGUGAAGUUAUGGCAGAAGGAGGUAACAACAUUAAGGCAGCAACUACAUAACUUGCAGGAGAACAAUAGAAAAUUAAUGGGGGAGCAACUCUAUGGUUUAUCAAUGAAAGAUCUAAACAAUCUUGAGAAUCAAUUGGAGUUCAGCUUACAAAGCAUUCGAAUUAAAAAGGAACAAUUAUUAAAUGAUGAAAUAAAAGAAUUGAACAGAAAGGGAAUUCUGAUGCACCAAGAAAAUAUAGAGUUGAGCAACAAAGUAAGCCUUUAUUGUCAAGAAAACAUGGAAUUACACAGAAAGGUUUAUGGACAUGAUUCAAGAUCAGAGAUGAACUUGGCCACCGGAAAUGCCUUAAUUCCAUAUGGUAUCAUCGCUGCGGCCCCUAUUGCCGGCGACGCUCUGUGUGUGCCAAUCCACCUUCAGCUCAGCCCGCGGGAGCAACAAGCUUAACUUUAGUUCAUUAACUCAACGCCCUACUAAACGACCGUAUUAUAUAUAUAAAGAAAAAAGGUACAGAACUAAUCAUUAAUUAAACUUCCGGAUAAUUUGGUAAAUGAAUUAUAAUUAUUACUGUGUACGUAAAAGGAUUGGUGUUUUUAAUUUUUGAGAAAUAAAGGCCACAAUUCCAAUUUUCUCUCUGCA